AUGGAUGCGCCUGUUGCCAUUGACCAUGUUAUAUCCGAUCUGAGCGACCUCGAACUUGCCGUCCUGCUCUCCCUCGUGUGCCAGGAACACUGCCUAGUCGAGACUCCGGCGGCGAGCGUCGACGAUGUAUCUAGCGAGCUAUCUUUGAUUUGCGAACGGGCUUUUGGACUGUCCUAUGCGGUUCUCGACUGUUCUUCACGCACGUCUUUGGAAGACUUUAGCAAUGACAUAUUGGCACCUGAAAUGAGCCGAGGCCGCCGCUAUGGAGGAAAUGUAGAGUCUGGCGUGUCCUCAUCUCAAAGCCGGACCCAGUCCAGGUUCUCUGUGGACUCUGCAUAUCUUGACGAGAGGAAAGUCGUCAAUGUAAUCAUUGCCAAAAACUUUGACCAUGUUGGCGAGAGUGUUCAAAUACAAGCACUUGAGAAUGACCACCUUUUGUUUUGCCACUUCCACCAAGGCAAUACGGGAUAUCCUAAUCUUGAAGACGACGACGGGUGGAUGUCCGAGGAUCGCGAGUCCUCCUCGUCAGUUGUGAGGAAACGACACGGGAGGGACAAGUCUCGUAACGGCCACCUUAUUACCGAAAAUAUAAUCUCUAGUUUACGUUUAUCAAGCAAAGCGGUAUCUAUGUCUGCCGAUGUUGGCUGCUAUUUGCAGAACAUUAUCGUUUUUCUUCGGCUCAAUCGAGCUGUUGCCGGUGGUAUUUCUCCAAGAGCCUCCAGGCUCUUUCUUCUCGUUGCAAAGGCCAUGGCUACAUUACAUGGUAUCGACUACCUCACUCCAUCGAUAGUCGGUCUUGCCGCAAAAAAGGUGUACCGUCACCGAAUUAUCGUCGCGAGGGCUGAAGAUGACAGGAGUUUGCAAUAUGGAAGCCAGGCAGAGUCGGUUGAGAUGCUCCUGAGGGGCGUUGACGCUGAUCAAAUAAUCGACACUGUUAUAUCAGAAGACAGCGAGAGUGACGACAACGGUCCUACCUUCUAUGUACCCACCAUCGAAGCACCAACCCACUAUCCUCGCCACAUAACCGGCCCUCUACGAGCCCGCUACGACCACCUGCACUGCCUGCAUUACCAGCUCAAAGACCUCUGGCACUUUCAACUGAAAAACCAUCGUGACCCAUGGAGCAUCAAAUCCGCACACGACUUUUGGCGUCGCCACGGCACUCCUCGGACGUUUGAGGGUCGAAAAUUCGGCUGGGAUCCGGAGCGAAACUGGAUCUUGGAUGGUAUUGAGGAUACGGAAAACGAGCUGGCGGAUUUGGAGAAUGAUGCGAAGAAGCGUAUGCGUGCGAUUGCCGUUGUUAUGGGCACUCGUCAUCAUCAUCAUCAUCAUCAUCAAGGUCGUCGAGUUCGAGCUGGAGCUGGAGGAAGUCGUGCUUCUACUGCUUCUGCAGCAGCAGCAGCGGCGGCGGCAAAAUCGAAAUCUAGAUUGAGCGCUGCUCUUGAUUCUGCGGCUGCUGCUCUGAGUUCUGUAGCUGCUGCGUUUGACGAGGAGUCGCAGGAAAUGGGGUUUACAUCAACAUCAUCAGACGUGCGCUAUCAAAAUGCCGCGGCAGCAGCAGCAGCAGCAGCAGCAGGUGAAUUCGACCAGUUCUUGCCAGCGCUUGAUUCUCCGUCAUGUCUCCUCCACCCUUCGAAUUUUAUCUGGCAUCCCGACCACCACGAUACUAACUAUGAUAUUGACGGCAAUGCUUAUGACAACGGUGUAUUUGCUGGUCUGCCCGGCUCCCCGGAAAAACCCAUCAUAAUCGACGACGACGAUGCCGACAAGAACCGAGAAAAGGGAAAAGAAGGCGAAGAAGAAGGAGGAGAAGGCGAAGAAGAAGAUAUUCUUUACUUCAACAAGUACUUUCACGAACCCGUGUGUCCUUCUCCUGUCCUAAGUGACAGCAGUGAGGAUCCGCUUUCUGGGUCGCUGCAGGACUACUCGCCGAGCAUGAUGGGGCUGGAUCGUCGUCGUCGUCAUGAUCAUCAUCAUCGCCGUUUGGAAAACUCACCAGAGUAUUUAGCUAGUAGCGUUAUGCGUGAGAUCUACCGCGGCCAUGGGACUCCUGCUGCCGCUAUCACUACUAUAAGUAGCAGCAGUAGCAGCUCUCCAGAGACCAUACAAGGCAAAAACUCUAUUCCUUCAAACUCCUCAUCGCCAAGCAAAAAGAGAACCCGAAAUGAGCAGCAAGACGAGGAGGGGGAGGUAGAGUAUCUCGGAGAGACACGGUGCAAAAAAUCACCAAAAGGUGAGGCUGAUUCGGAUCAAAAAGAGCCAAUAUCGAUUGAAUCGGUCAGUAUCGAGGAUUAGAGCAGAGAAGUGAUUCUGUUGCUUCUAUUCCCAAGACGGACAAGGUGGUGAAUAGCGUGUUUGGGUCAUUUACUUUCUGCUUGGCUCUAGCCUUGAAGUUAUGAGAAUAGUUCCGCUGUACUCUUGAGUCUCAUA